AUGUAUAAGCCCAGCUUCGCGGCCUUUGUACUCGCUGCUUCGGCGGUACUGCCAGCUUCGGCCUGGCUUCCAGUACAUAAGCGCUCGGAGACGGCGCUUGACCUGGGAAUCUUACCAGAUCUCAACAGUUUCUACCAAGAGCUUGGGCUAGAUGUCAACAGCACCUGGGAAGAUAUUGAGGCCAUUGCCAAGGAGGAUGCGGAGAUGGAAGCCACAACAGUGAGUGCGAAUACACCGGUCAACAUCGGACUCAGUAAACAAGACGAUACAUGUGCAGCUUUGACUGGCUAUGCAUCGAUUCUUUGCGCCAAUAUGCCAAGCAGAGAAGCAUGGUGGGCCACUGGUGGAGCACUUGCCAUCUGGUACGCUCCUGACGUGCUUAUCAAAUGGACCGAUGCCACUGCCCAUGUCAUCAUCACAGCUCGCAGUCUUCGACAGAUGAAAGAUGGAAACAAUCUUUGUUGCAACUAA